GCUUUUGAAUUUCCUCAAAUCCGUUUGGCUGUUGGGGCUCAAGAAGUCUGUUCACUUCCUUUAUCGGCUGAAAUUUACUCCGACAUAUACGAUGUUGCCCUUCCGAAGGUUAAAGAAGCUUCUCAGUCACCUGAUACUUCUUGCCUUGAAUCCUCUUCGAAAGAUAUUGUUCAAUCAAAUGUCAAAGGCCUCACCGGAUAUGAAUUAGAAUGUGCUUCCGAUGCUACAAUUAUUUCUAACUCCACGACCGAAAAGUUUUCCUCAUCAACACUCACAUCGCAGCAGGGAAUUACGCCCUCUCUCGAGUCCCCUCAGCGAGAAAUUGAGAUAACAGGACUUGGCAGCAGCUCGGCUUCAUCACCCUCUUUGAUUGGAUUAGCUGACGAUCCAUCGUUAGCCCAAUCACCUUGUACGCUAGCGAGCGGGUGUCCUCAGGCACAUAGUCAUCGACCUUUCAUCGUACGUCCUGGGGAUGAGGACCUUCGUAUUUUCUGUUUGGAGUUGUUGUUUCAGGUGCUUCUUUACAAUCGCGACCGCAUGAGCCGCCUUUGGCCUGCAGUUCGUGGCCAUCUUGCUGACCUAGUCAAUGGGAUUGCUGCUGUUUUACAGCCUCCCCCACCUUAUCAUAAAUUACCUUUAGGCUCAUCGUCUCCUCGACCUAUUAUCACAUCAUCUGGCCGUCUUGAAUGCACUUCAGAAAUCGGUCCGAUACCAAAUGUUCCAGCUGGUGGCAGUGGUUCUGGUAACGUCUACGAAUCAGGUCAAGAUAGAUUGGUUUUAUCAGCAGCAGCGAUAUCCAACAGUCUUCUUUUAGUAGAGCGUGUAUUCGUUGGACUCUUAAGACUCGCCAUGCGUCUCCUGCGCAGACAGGAGAUGACCACUCAGGUGGGUCGGUAUGUUGACUAA